ACUACUCGCCUGAGUAUGCACCUCGGUUGGAGCCAAAACAUUUGUGCCGCCACUGAAAAAAAGUUGUGUAGAAUAUGAGAUGGCGACAACCAUCGAAUUAUAAUUUGCACAAAUGUUUACUGUUAGUCGUUCGCGUACUUUAUUUGCCAGCAGAAGAGAGCUGGAGACAGCGCAAAUUUUGGCAGUUCGAUAAUAGAGAACCUGCAAAUUUCUAUUGCGACUUUUUUUGCCAGCAGAAAUUUGAAACUGUAAACAGAUGUUUUGUAAGUGUCAGCUGUUUUAUUAAAAGCACCCGUUACACGAAAAUACAAAAGCUAACAACAAAAUGGAUCAAAAAGGCAGAGUUUUGUAAAAACUCGGACGGAUCAUCUACUCUUUUCCACUGUCUAUGCGGAUCUCGCCUGCAGGAACGUAUUAAGGUCAAGCAGUUGGAAACAAAUCUCAGCUCUCGUUCCCAGUGUAUACCCACGUCUAUGCCAAGACAACAUAUUCUCUGAACUUGUUGUAUUAUCCUUAUGUUGAUACAUAAGAAGUUUGGUCGUGUUCCUUAAUAGAAUGUUCAGAGACAAAUUUGCAAGCUUGUGUAACGAACCGGGCGCUGACAAAGAAACCAUGUUGCCCACGUACAAAACAACUGACCGGUCUGUGGUAAGUUAUGCAACGCCAGUGUGGUAUCAUCAGCUCUGUGACAUGCAGUGGAACUAUAUUCAGAUCUGUCAGAAUGCCGCCCUUCGAACUGCGAUGGGCUGUCUCAUCAUUUCUCAUGUGGACCACCUUCAUCGGAGGACAAAGAUACCAGUGCGAAGACAUAAAUGCCGUCUAAGCAAUACCUUUUGGGCUGUUAUCGCAGAGACCAUCCAAAUCAUCAUGUUGUGGAUAGAUAUCCACCGCCCAGAAGCCUUAAAGUGAUCUACAUGAUCUAUAGCGUGAGGUUCAAGAUAGAACACAACAAGUUUGUUGUGUUCCAUCUUUCGUCCGCUUGAUUCUGUUGAGUGUCAAGAUUCAUAAACUUUACGAUUAAAAUGGGGUGCGUCCAGAGGUGUAUGAGUGGAGUGGGUCUGGCUGGGUUUCCCUCUGGACGCACACCAUCUUAGUCGCAAAGUUCUUGGAUCUGGACACUCAACAGAAUCAAGCAAACGAAAGAUAGAACACACA